GCAGAAAGAAGCCGCGGGUUUGAUUUUCACACAGUUAGCGAAGCUCUCGCGAAUUAUUCUGCUCUAUUCCUUCAUUUCCCAGAAUGAUGCUCCUCUGAUAAUCAACGAGUGUGCUUUUCAAACAAUCAAAAUGAAUCUUGACAGACUUCGAAAGCGAGUGCGGCAGUAUAUUGAUCAGCAACAGUAUCAAAGCGCUCUGUUUUGGGCCGACAAGAUAGCAUCACUUUCUCAUGAAGAUCCCCAGGACAUCUAUUGGCUAGCCCAGUGCCUUUACCUCACCUCACAGUACCACAGAGCCUCCCAUGCCCUACGUUCACGAAAACUUGACAAGUUAUAUGGAGCUUGUCAGUAUCUUGCUGCUAGGUGUCAUUAUGCUGCCAAAGAGUUCCAGCAGGCCUUGGACAUCCUGGAUUCAGAGGGAACAGCGAGUAAGAAGCUGCUGGACAUCAGUGUAAAAGAGGACAGCAGUACAACUGAUUCCACAAAGGAUUGGGACAUGUCCCCUGCCUCUAUCAGCAGUUCCAUCUGCCUCCUGCGAGGUAAAAUCUAUGAUGCCAUGGACAACCGGCCACUGGCCACCUCCAGCUACAAAGAGGCCUUGAAACUGGACGUGUACUGCUUUGAAGCGUUUGACCUUUUAACGUCUCACCACAUGUUGACCGCACAGGAAGAGAAAGACUUCCUUGAAUCGCUUCCUCUGAGUCAGCAGUGUAACGAGGAGGAGGAGGAGCUGCUGCAUUUCCUUUUUGAAAACAAAUUGAAGAAGUACAACAAGCCCAGUGAUUUGGUGGUGCCAGAGAUGGUCAACGGGCUUCAGGACAACCUGGAUGUCGUGGUGUCUCUUGCCGAGAGGCAUUAUUAUAACUGUGACUUCAAGAUGUGCUACAAACUCACCUCAAUGGUGAUGGUUAAAGAUCCCUUCCAUGCCAACUGUUUACCAGUCCACAUAGGAACGCUUGUGGAGCUUGGAAAAGCAAAUGAGUUGUUUUACCUCUCACACAAGCUGGUAGACUUGUAUCCCAACAACCCAGUGUCCUGGUUUGCUGUUGGAUGCUACUAUCUCAUGGUCGGCCAUAAAAACGAACAUGCCCGGCGAUAUCUGAGCAAAGCCACCACCCUGGAGAGGACUUACGGCCCCGCCUGGAUUGCCUACGGCCAUUCAUUUGCAGUGGAGAGUGAACAUGACCAAGCUAUGGCUGCCUACUUCACUGCUGCACAACUCAUGAAAGGGUGUCACCUGCCCAUGCUGUACAUCGGCCUGGAGUACGGUCUGACAAACAACUCCAAACUGGCAGAACGCUUCUUCAGCCAGGCCCUCAGCAUCGCUCCAGAGGACCCGUUCGUCAUUCACGAGGUGGCUGUGGUUGCUUUUCAGAAUGGAGACUGGAAAACAGCAGAAAAGCUGUUCCUGGACGCCAUGGAGAAGAUUAAAGCCAUCGGGAAUGAGGUGACUGUGGACAAGUGGGAGCCUUUGUUGAACAACCUGGGUCAUGUGUGUCGGAAACUGAAAAAGUACGAUCAGGCCCUGGAGUACCACCGGCAGGCGCUGGUGUUGAUCCCCCAGCAUGCCUCCACCUACUCGGCGAUAGGAUACGUGCACAGCCUCAUGGGCGACUUUGAAAGUGCGAUAGACUACUUUCAUACGGCACUGGGACUGAAAAGGGACGACACUUUCUCUGUGACGAUGCUCGGCCACUGCAUUGAGAUGUACAUUGGUGACACCGAUGCCUAUAUAGGCACAGACAUCAACGACAAGGUGCGAGGCAGCUUGAACACUCCAGCGCUGAUGAAGAUGCUGAACACGUCGGAGUCCGCUGACCACCUCGCCACGUCCAGACUAGAGGACACCAGCAUCACGUCGCUGGAGCCGCCGCUGUCCAACCAAGACAAGAUGAUGCUGGAGACGCCCCUCCGCCUCUCCUUAACCUUGGAGUGCGACAUGUAUGAGAACGACGUGAUGCUAGACACGUUAUCGGACACCAGCACGUAAUCCGAGCGCGCGGAGGUGCAGCAGGCCGUCACAGCGCGCACGGAAGCCCGAGGAUGACGACGAACUCAAAACCUUUAGCAGCCGUCCUCCACCAAAGGUUUUCUGUGGAUUCCCCUCUUGUGCAUUAUCUGGUUGCUGAAGC